ACUACUUUGUAGAUGUGGCCGUACGAGGAAAAUGAGGAAUGCAGCUAUAUCCAAGAUCUAUUUUCCUUGAUGAAUUCUCUUUUUAGCCUCGACUUUGGGCCUCUGAAUUUUUUGCAGUCACCAAACAUGAUUGAGAAUCUGAAAUCCGAAUUGAUAGUGUUUGGUCUGUGCUUCUGCUUUAUCUCUUACCUAUAUUCUCUGGCUACAAUGAAGAACAUGCGAUUUCAGGUUUCAUAUGGCCAUAAUAGUGACCAGCAGCAACCAACAGUACAAAUGGUUUCUGAUCUUCUGAAUUCAAUAACACUUGCUCUAGAAAGAGUAGAAGAAGAAAAAAUAUUUGCUGUUAAACAAGGUUUUGCAACGGAUUUCAUAUGCAUCUGCUAUGUUGUGUCUCAUACAUUACGGGGCAUUGGCAACAAGCUAUUAUGA